AAUUAUGUCGUUGAGCCAAACGUGCAAAAAACUUUUAAUUUCUUCAUUUUUUUCAAUGCUUAUUAACAAUUUAAUUUAAUUCUGAAAGUUUAAUAAAGCAAACAAAUUUUAAAUAUGAACAGUUUACUCGUUUUUACCUAUUCAAUUUUUUAAAUAACAAAUUAAAAUUGAAAAAAUCCCAGCAAAAUGGUAAAAGCAGUUUUUAAUUUAUUGAAUUAAUCGUAUUAUGCGCAAACAUAGCUUUUUCAGAACAAAGUUGCAUUUGCGCAUAAUGCGAUUGACCGAUGAACUACAAAAACUCACCCUACUUUUUCGAUUUGGAACCGCCGAAAUAUAAAAUGCGCUCUAUACAAUCGCUUUCCGAUUAAUAGCGCGCACACGAUUUGCCAGACUCUCAUUGAUUACUGGCUGACCAUUGUAAAAGGAUAUACGCAAUGCCAGCGCAAGCGCACGUUCUCGGAACCUUGCAAUCAAUGCCGCGCGUCCGCCUCUUCUUCUUGCAGUCUUCGGCAUAAUCUGUCACCGCGAACAUGUCCAAUAUACGCGAUAAGUCUACGACGUUGCAUAACUCCAGUUACGAGCAAGACAUUCGAUAUGCCUUCAAGGUGAACAAUUGGAUUCUGGGCUCGAUCGGUCUUUGGCCAGUCGUGAAACGAGGUAUUGGACAGCACGUGCCCAAGAUUGCGAUCGCAUUUUGGAAUUUCGCGUUAAGCUUCGCGAUAGUGCCCUGCGCUCUGCAUAUCGUUUAUGAUCAAAAAGAUGUCAUCAAAAGGUUGAAGUUAGGCGGCCUGUUGACCUUUUGCCUCACUGUGAUGGCGAAGUAUUGCAUCCUCGUGAUACGUUGCCCUAGGAUACAUCGUUGCAUCGAACACGUAAAGAAUGAUUGGUGGCAGGUAACAUUCAGGUCCGAUCGCGAGUUGAUGCUAAAGUACGCUAACACCGGUCGCAAUCUGACUAUAAUUGGCGUGUCUCUCAUGUACGGUGCUGGCAUUAUUUAUCAUUUUGUUCUGCCAUUCUGUUCCGAGCACAAAAUCGCCAAUCAAACUAUCAGACCGCUCGUCUAUCCAAUCUACAGUAAAUUUAGCCAGUCACAAAUUAGCCCAGUAUACGAAAUCGUGUAUAUGGCUCAUUGCAUGUGUGGAUACACAUUAUAUUCAGUGACAGCCGGUACCUGCGGUUUGGCCGCUUUGUUUGCCACUCAUGCGUGUGGCCAAAUCCAAAUACUUAUUUCACGACUAGAAGAUCUAUUAACUGGCAAAAGAUUCAAACAAAACCCGAACGUUCAUCGUCGAAUCGCGGUUAUCGUACAAAAUCACGUACAAAUAAUAAGGUUUGCGGCCACGGUGGAGGAAGUUUUGCAAGAAGCGUGUUUAAUAGAGUUCACUAGUUCCAUAUGCACAAUAUGUAUACUCGAAUUCCUCUGUAUAGUGGAUUGGAAGGCGAACGAUACAGUUAGUCUAGCGACUUAUCUUUUGCUAUUUGUGUCAUUUUGCUUCAAUGUUUACAUCCUAUGCUAUAUCGGCGAACUUCUCAUGGACAAGAGCAGUCAAAUUGGAUCGAUAUGCUACAUGAUCAAUUGGUAUCAAUUAUCGUCAAAAUCAGCUCGCAGUCUUGUACUGAUACUCGCGAUGUCUAGCCAUCCCAUAAAAAUCAGUGCUGGUAGAAUGGUAGACUUAUCAUUAAUGACUUUCGGAAAUGUACUAAAAACUAGCGUAGCGUAUAUGAGCUUCCUACGAACGUUAGUUAUGUAAAUGUACAAUUAUGUGACAUAUAUUAAGAAAUAUUUUAAAUUUGAUCUAGUUUAUGAUUCCAACAUAAAAGAAACGUAAGAAACAAUUUUCGUAUAUAUGUUAUAUGAUAUUACUUAUAGAAUAAAAUAUUUAUGUCUGUA